AUGUAUAUUACAAUCAAACCUAUACAUCGGCUGAGAACCAUUUGUCUCUCGGAACUUACGCCCCUAGAACAGGAGUGGACUCUGAAUAGCCCAGCUCUUCCACCGCCCCCUGGGGUGGUGCCGAAUUUUCUUAGACCGCCUAACAAAAACCAUGUAGCCAUCAUUGUAAACGUGGUAUGCCUGGUGGUAACGGUCCUGGUGAUCUGCUUGAGAGCGUACGCUAGGAUAUGUUGCAUAAAGAAACUGCAUUUCGAAGAUUAUCUUAUACCAGCGGCCUUGGCAACCUUCGUCAGCAGUGUACUAUGUCAAAUAUGGAUGAUAGAUGAGCGUGGUGCCUUCAUUCACGAGUGGGAUGUCCGUGUGAGAGACUUGGCCAAAAUCUACUACAUCUACCAUGUAGGAGCCAACUUGAUCGCUGUCACAUUAAUGGUUCUCAAAGGGGCAAUCCUACUCGAAUGGAUGCGCAUAUUCGUGCCCCCAGGCACGCGAAACUACUUCUUCUGGAUCAGCACUAUCCUGCUAGGCGUACAGACGGCCUUCUAUGUCGCCUGGAUCAUCGCCGAGAACCUCUCAUGCAUCCCGCAUCGCAGGAUUUGGGAUAUCACGAUCUGCGAGAGUAAAUGCGUCGAUAUCAAAUUGUUAUUCAUUCCGGUAGCUGGUCUGAACCUCGUAGCAGAUAUCAUCAUUCUUUUUCUUCCCCAGAAGGCGAUAUGGGCUCUGCAGAUGUCUCUUUCGAAAAAGAUCGGGGUCGCCCUGGUUUUUGCCAUUGGCCUUUUCGCCUGUCUAUCCGCCGCUGCCCGUCUGCACGUAACAAUUGUCUUCUACCAAAGCGAGGACGUCCUCUACACAGAGGGGGCCAUGUACCUGUUUUGCUUAGCCGAGAUGACAUGUUUGUUUCUCGUCUUCUGUGUACCCUCGAUCCCUAGAGUGUUUGUGGAGCGGGGGGUGAAAGCACGUUUCAAGAAAAUUCUAUCGUGGUUCAUAGGGCGAGCCGCCACCACCCAGGACAGCGGCGACUCCUCCCCAUCCUUGUCUCACCCGGUCUACGCCAAUCGCCCCCGCUCGGACUCCUUCCGCUCGUCGCCGCGACGGGAUACAAUACACUCGGUCAACGAGGUCUGGGGCACUGUAACCGAGAUCACAGCCCUCAAGCAUGACGAUAAUCAUUGCGAGGGUUUGAGGGGUAUAUUGUGCACAACAACGAUCUCGACGGAGGUCACGAUAAUCUCCGAUGCGGCUAGAGACUACAACCGGUCCGAUACCGAGGGUGCGGAGUAUGAGACAUAUCAGCGGACCCUGUUGCACUGA